CAAGCGCACACUUCUUCAAAGCAUAGAGUCAUCAUCCAAAGAGAAAGAGAGAGAUGACAAUCACGGUGCCUUUCCGUCAGCUGUUCAUCGACGGCGAGUGGAGAGAGCCUGUACGAAAGAAUCGUCUUCCUAUCAUCAAUCCUGCUACCGAAGAGAUCAUAGGCAGCAUUCCUUCUGCUACUUCUGAAGAUGUGGAUCUUGCUGUGGACGCCGCUCGAAAGGCCCUUUCCCGGAACAGAGGCAAGGACUGGUCCUCCGCGCCUGGGGCUCAUAGAGCCAAAUAUUUACGUGCUAUAGCUACUAAGAUAAGAGAAAGAAAGUCGGAAAUGGCAGAACUGGAAUCAAUGGAUUGUGGAAAACCAUUGGAGGAAGCUUUAUGGGAUAUAGAUGAUGUAGCGGCAUGUUUUGAUUACUAUGCGGAUCUUGCUGAGGGCUUAGACACAAAGAAGAAGACUCCUGUUUCUGUGCCAAUGGAAGAGUUUAAGUGUCAUGUUGUUAUGGAACCUAUUGGGAUUGUUGGUUUGAUCACACCAUGGAAUUACCCUCUGCUAAUGAGCACAUGGAAAGUUGCUCCUGCCUUGGCUGCAGGUUGUGCUGCGAUUCUCAAGCCAUCUGAGGUUGCAUCCAUAACAUGCUUGGAGUUGGCUGCUGUGUGUAGAGAGGUGGGCCUUCCCCCAGGUAUCCUUAAUGUGCUGACAGGUCUAGGCCAUGAAGCAGGUGCUCCUUUAGCCUCUCAUCCCGAUGUGAAUAAGGUUGCUUUUACGGGAAGUAACAUGACUGGAAGUAAGAUUAUGGCUGCUGCAUCUAAACUUGCCAAGCCUGUCACACUUGAGCUUGGGGGAAAAAGUCCCAUUGUUGUCUUUGAAGAUGUUGACCUUGACAAGGCUGUUGAGUGGACUAUCUUUGGUUGCUUUUGGACUAAUGGACAGAUAUGUAGUGCAACAUCUCGCCUUAUUCUGCAUGAAAGUAUAGCAACAGAGUUUCUGGACAGGAUUGUGAAAUGGACCAAAAACAUUAAGAUUUCAGACCCCAUGGAAGAAGGUUGCAGGCUUGGCCCAGUUGUUAAUGCAAGCCAGUAUGAGAAGAUAAAGAAGUUCAUUGCAACGGCUAAGAGUGAAGGUGCAACCAUCUUAUGUGGUGGGACCCGUCCCAAGAAUUUGAAGAAGGGAUACUUUCUUGAACCCACAAUUAUAACUAAUGUAAGUACCUCCAUGCAAAUCUGGAGGGAGGAGGUCUUUGGCCCGGUUCUUUGUGUGAAGACAUUCAGAAAUGAAGAUGAAGCCAUUGAACUGGCAAAUGAUACUGAAUAUGGCCUAGGAGCUGCUGUCAUAUCAAAGAAUCUGGAAAGGUGCGAUAGAAUCACAAAGGCUAUAAAUUCAGGGAUUGUAUGGGUAAACUGCUCACAACCAUGCUUUGUUCAAGCUCCUUGGGGUGGCAACAAGCGUAGCGGCUUUGGGCGCGAAUUAGGGCAUUGGGGACUAGAGAACUACAUGACAGUAAAGCAGGUUACUGAGUAUGUCUCCAAUGAACCAUGGGGUUGGUAUAAGCCUCCUAGCAAACUCUGAUUAUUAUUAUUAUUAUAUGGUAAUUUACACUAGUUGGAGCUUCAAAGGUAAAACUGAUAUCCUGUGAAAGAGAUAAUUCGGUUUCAAAUAAUAAUAAUAAUGCAUAAAUUUGGAGUAUGUUGCUUCUUUUUCUGUCAAUAUUCAAUAAUCCAGACUGAAUAGCUUUUGUUAUUA